AUGGCGAACAGUCUCGCCAGGCUGUUGCCCAACUUGGGCGGGGCGGGCGGGCACGUGCGUCGCCUGUACGCGAUGACCGGUACGGUGAUGCAUUCGGACGCGAUGCAUUCGGUACUGUUGUACGGAGCGCCAAUAUGGGCAGACAAGGUGUCUAAUAGCCCGGCGCUCCUGAGACAACUCGUGGGCGUCCAGCGCCUGGUCGCGCAAAGGGCGUCCCGAGCGUUCCGUACGGUCUCGCACGCAGGGGCGACUGCCCUCUCGGGCAUUCCGCCGAUUAAUCUCCUCGCGAAGUCACACGCGAGGACCUAUCGGCGGAUGCAGGAGGUUAAGAACCUGGGUGGCGUAUUCUACCCAGGGAGAGGGCAGUGCUGA